UUGUUCUUGAGUAGUACGAUUGUACCGCAGUCGCACCCGCAGCGCGGGCAUGGAGAACCUCUUUCCUGCCUUCCGGUUCCAUACCCCAUCGACGGUCAGCAUCACGCCAUGGGCAGCGCCAAAGGCCCCGCGCAGCUCGCGACGGCAGCGCGGUGGCGACGGGGCAACGCCCCUCGCAAAGCCCGUCGUGCUUGUUCGAUCCACGUCGGCGCUCCACCCUGCAAACAACCAAAAAGUGGUCGAAGGACCGUACAACCCGUCGUUCAACCCGUCACCGCUCUCUCUCGCCUCCAAGCGACGCGUUGAGACACCGGUGUCCAUACGCGCUUGUCUUCCCAGCAUGACGCCAAAACCAACGCCGAGCGACGCCGCGGCGCUCGCCUCCGUUGGUGUCGUCUUCAACAACCAGUCGGACGACGACGUCCAAGUGUUUUGCACAAAGCUUGGCGCCCGGCGCAUCUUGGAGUUCCGCUUGGCGCCCGGUGCCACGUCCGAGCGGCACGUUGUUGGACGACCCACGACGCCUACUUACUCCUUUCAAGGCAUUCAGCUUGUCUACUUUGAUUGGGAACGCAAAAUGGCAGCGCCUGGAUACCGGUUUCCGAUCGCAGCCACGGACGACGUCGCUGCGAGUGAUUUACCAAGCGAGGGCAUUGGCUUGGCCUUUGCAUCCAACUGCAUUGGCGACGAGGUCUACGUCCUCUACCGCGUCGACAGUCUCGGGCGCGCGACACACGUCUCGGAACUACCGCGUGGCGAGCCGCUGCGCUUCACCGCGUCGCCCAGCGAGCCGUAUAUUCGUCUUGACGUCGAAAGCCCGCUUCUCGAUCGUGCUCGAUGA